UCGUUGUUGGCAGCUAUGGCAGAUAAUAGUUUAAUAAUUUCUAUUUUUUACUUAUUCUAAUGAAAACAUCUGCUUAUUGUGAUAGCACUUGGAUAUGAAGAUCAAGGAAAGGGACAAAGUUCACAAGAAAUGCUCAAACGUUAUAAAAGUAAUGUUUUCUUGGAAGAGAAAGUGUCAUGUGAAAUCAGAGAAUUGCCUUCAAUGAUGUGGAAGAGGUCGAUUGUGCAAGCUGAGGUUCGAUUCGCGCGCGCCUACGCACACCUAGUACUCGUAUUUACUAUAUUUGCCGUGUCAUGCAGUGUGGGCAACUGCGCGGACCUCGUGAUCGAGAUCCCGGGAUGGGGCUCGGAGGGGGCGGAGGGGGCGGAGCGCGCGCACUACCGCCUCGACUACACGCCCCCGCAGGGCACCCCGCCCCCCAACUUCAUAGUACCAGCUAAGGCCUCCACCAUCAACUUCCAGGGCCUCCCCGGUACCAAGUACCACUUUAUGUUGUACUACUCGAACGCUACGUUUGCAGAUCUGCUCACAUGGAACCAAACUAUUAUAACAGCGCCGGAGCCGCCGACCAAUCUAACAGUGGCGCUGGGCCGCAACAAGCAGGCCACCAUCUCGUGGGCGCCGCCCGCCCACGGCGACUACACAGGGUUCCGCUUCAAGGUGGUGCCGCUGACGGAGCGCGGGGCGGGCGGCGCCCGGAACGUGACGGUGGAGGGAGCAGGCAACUGGACUUACCUGCUGCGAGACCUGUCCCCCGGCGCCACCUACCAGCUGCACGCCUUCACGCUGCUGCACGACAAGGAGAGCGCCGCGUACGCCUCCUACAACUUCACCACUAAGCCUAACACGCCGGGCAAGUUCAUCGUGUGGUUCCGCAACGAGACGACGCUGCUGGUGCUGUGGCAGCCGCCGUACCCGCCCGGCGCCUACACCCACUACAAGGUGUCCAUCGAGCCGCGGGACGCGCGCGAGUCCGAGCUGUACGUGGAGAAAGAGGGUGAGCCGCCCGGGCCCGCGCAGGCCGCCUUCAAGGGCCUCGUGCCGGGCCGCGCCUACAACAUCAGCGUGCAGACCGUGUCCGACGCGCAGCUGUCCGCGCCCACCACCGCGCAGUACCGCACCGUGCCGCUGCGGCCAGCCGGCGUGUCCGUGCCCGCGCUCGCCGAGACCGCCUUCACCGUCGCUUGGCUGCCGCCCGCCGAGCCCAGCGAGUUCGAGAAGUACCAGGUGUCCGUGGCGGCCGCCGGCGCCGGCGCGCGCCGCCUGCCCGCGCAGGUGCGCUCGCGCGACGACCCGCCCGCCUGCACGUUCGACGGCCUCGAGCCCGGCGCCCACUACGCCGUCAGCGUCAAGACCAUGUCGGGCAAGGUGACGUCGUGGCCGGCCGCCGCCGACGUGACGCUGCGGCCGCUGCCGGUGCGCGAGCUGCGCGCCGUGGCCGCCGAGCCGCCGCGCCGCGCGCUGCAACUACGCUGGGCGCCGGCGGAGGGCAGCACGCAGGACGAGUACCGAGUCUCGUACCACGAGGCGGACGGCGCGCGCGACGACAGCAGCUCGCUCAUCGUCGCCGCGCCCGACGUCACGCUCGACGCGCUGCUGCCCGGCCGCAACUAUACCAUCACGGUGUCGGCGGUGUCUCGCGGCGUGGCGUCGAACGCGAGCGCGACGUGGGCGGCGACGCGGCCGCUGGCGCCGGUGCUGCGCGCGGCGGCGGGCGGCGAGCGCUCGCUGCGGCUGGCGUGGAGCGCCGACGUGGAGUCGCGGCAGGACGGCUACGAGCUGACGUACCGCCGCCGCGCGCCCGCCGCGCCCGCCGCCGAGCUGCGCACCGCCGCCGCCGAGGCCACGCUGGCCGACCUGUGGCCCGGCGCCGUGUACGAGCUGCGCCUGCUGGCGGUCAGCCACGGCCUACGCAGCGAGCCGCUGGUCGUGCUGAAGCCCGUCCGCCCCCUGCCGCCGGAGUGGCUGGGCGUGGAGCGCGCGACGUCCAACUCGGUGGUGGUGCGGUGGCGCGGCCCGCCCGCCGGCUCCGUGGGCCGCUACCUGCUGCGCUACCGCACCGCCGCUGGCCCCGACCUCGCGCUCGACCCCCUGCCGCCCAACGCCACUAGCGCUGAGAUCACGGAUAUGACGCACGGCGAGCGCUACACGAUCACGCUGGACGCGGGCAGCGAGGACGCGGGCGGCGAGGUGGCCGAGAGCGGGUCGCCGCAGGCCGCCACCCACACCGUGCGCCCCAACCCCGUGUCCAACGUCGCGCAGAUGGUCGACCCGCGCAACAUCACGCUGGACUGGCCGCGCCCCGCCGGCCGCGUCGACCUGUACCGUGUGCGCUGGUGGCCGGAGCCCGAGCCCGGUGACGCCCCCACCGCCGCCGCGCCGCCCGCCGAGCGCAACGUCAGCGCCGCCGUCGGCCGCGUCACGCUGGACGGCCUGCGCCCCGGCCGCGCCUACGGCGUCUCCAUCUCCGCGCACUCCUACGACCUCGUCAGCGACGUCUUCACAAUGCACACGCGAACCAGACCGCUGAUCCUGUCGGAGAUGAAGAUUGUUAACGACAGCGACCGCGGGGAGGGCGGCGACGGCGCGGAAAGCGAGGGCGAGGCGGCGGCGCCGAGCGUGCAGGUGCUGUACACGCGCACGCCCGACGAGGACACGCUGUUCGACGCCUACCGCCUCCGCCUCGACAGCGCCGGUGACGCGCCGCGCACCGUCGAGCGGCCGGCCGCCGCCGCGCCGCAGCGCGUCACCUUCGACCGCCUCGUGCCCGGCCGCCUCUACAACCUCACCAUGUGGACGGUGGCGCGCAACGUCACCUCGCACCCCGUGCAGCAGCAGACGCGCCUGUUCCCGCGCCCGGUGCGCGCGCUCAACGCCACCGUCGUGGGCGCGCGCGAGGUGACGCUGCGCUGGGAGCGGCCGUUGGGCGACUACACCGACUUCGAGCUGCAGUACCUCCACUCGCCCGAUCGCCUCGCCACGCUCGCGACGACCGAGCCCGAGCUCACCGUCCGGGACCUGCGCCCCUACACGGCGUACACGUUCUCGUUGGAGGUGCGGUCGGGCACGCCGGCCACCAUUCUGACGCGGUCGCCGGCGCGCUCGCUGAACGUGACGACACGCGAGGCGCCGCCCGCCGCGCCCUCCGACUUCCGGCCGUCGGACGCGGCGCCCACCGAGCUCACAUUCACGUGGAGCCUGCCGCCGGAGGACGCGCAUGGCGUGCUGCGCCGCUUCGUGCUGGAGUACGCGCCCGCCGAUGGCAGCGAGCAGUCCGCCUCCAUGGAGCUGCCGCCCGACGCCCGCACGGGGCGAGUGACGGGUCUGCGGGCGGGCGCGGCGUACGAGUUCCGGCUGCGGGCAGAGUCGGGCGCGGGGCCGGGCGCGGCGGCACGGUACGCGCAAGUGAUGGCCAUCGGCGCGCCGCCGCGCCCGCGCGCGCAUGCGUUGCCGGCCGAGGUGCGGCGCGGCGCCACGUCCGUGGCCGUGCGCUUCCGCUCCGACUACUUCUCGGCCGCCAACGGCAACGUGACGGCGUACACGCUGGUUGUGGCGGAGGAGCCGCGCGAAUCGCCGGAGCCGCUGCCGGGCUGGGCGGACGUGCACCGCCUGCCCGUGUGGCCGCCCUACCAGGUCACGGAGCCUUACUACCCGUUCGCGUCCGCCGCCGUGGAGGAGUUCACGCUGGGCGCCGAGCGCUGCGACCCGCCGCACCGCCCCUACUGCAACGGCCCGCUCAAGCCCGGCACGCGCUACUACGUCAAGCUGCGCGCCUACACCGCCCCCGACAAGUUCACCGACACCGCCUACGCGCCCGUAUACACAGAGGCGGACCACACGGGCUGGAUAGCGGGCGGGUGCGUGGCGGCGGCGCUACUGGCGGCGGGCGCGGGCGCACUACUGCUGCGGCGCCGACGCUCGCGGCCGCCCCCCGCGCCCCGCGCCGCCCCCGCCUCGCGCCCCGUGCGCGUCGCCGACUUCCUCGACCACUACCGCCUCAUGUCCGCGGACUCCGACUUCAGGUUCAGCGAGGAGUUCGAGGAGCUGAAGCACGUGGGGCGUGAGCAGCCGUGUACGGCCGCCGACCUGCCCGUCAACCGGCCCAAGAACCGCUUCACCAACAUCCUGCCGUACGACCACUCGCGCUACAAGCUGCAACCCGUGGACGACGAGGAGGGCUCCGACUACAUCAACGCCAACUACGUGCCCGGCCACAACUCGCCGCGCGAGUUCAUAGUGACGCAGGGCCCGCUGCACUGCACGCGCGACGACUUCUGGCGCAUGUGCUGGGAGUCGGGCUCGCGCGCCAUCGUCAUGCUCACGCGCUGCGUGGAGAAGGGGCGCGAGAAGUGCGACCGAUACUGGCCAUACGACACUCGGCCCGUGUACUACGGCGACAUCGCCGUUACCGCGCUCAACGAGUCGCGCUACCCCGACUGGACGGUGACGGAGCUGGGCGUGUGCCGCGGUGCCGAGCAGCGCGUCGUGCGCCACUUCCACUUCACCACGUGGCCCGACUUCGGCGUCCCGUCGCCGCCGGCCGCGUUGGCACGCUUCGUGCGCGCCUUCCGCGAGCGCGUGGGGCCGGACACGCGGCCCGUGGUGGUGCACUGCUCGGCCGGCGUGGGCCGCUCGGGCACGUUCAUCGCGCUCGACCGCGCGCUGCAGCAGCUGGCUGCCGGUGCCGACACGCUCGACAUCUUCGGCAUGGUGCACGCGCUGCGUCGCGAGCGCGUGUGGAUGGUGCAGACGGAGCAGCAGUACAUCUGCAUCCACCAGUGCGUCGCCGCCGCGCUCGACGGCCAGGACCUGGCGCCGCCGCCGCCCAACAACCACCACCACAACCCCGCCUUCGAGGACGACGAGGGCAUCGCGGAGUCUGGAAUGUGAGGCUCGGGGAAGGCGAUGGGUGCGGGAGAAGGCGUGCAGCGGCCGCGAGCAUUCCGUCCGAAGCGCUUCGGCGCAUACCUGUAGCAAUAAGUUUCUAUGAUUUUGUAAAAAUGUACAUUGAUCUGUAAAUGAGGACCGACCCGGCCGCCGUCCGAUGCGCGUGUACUAGGUAACAUUUAUUGUGUUAUGUAUAAAUUGCAAAGACGUAGCAAACCUUGACCCAUUAGCAAAAACAUGUGGUAAAAUUUUACGUUAAAUUGUUUCAUGAUAUAUUUUUACUUGUACUUAGUUUCAACAGUGCACUGUGCCGUACUUUUAGAGCGGAGCGAGUGGUCGUAGAGAUUUUAAUUUUGCCCAAACUUUACUCUAUUAUUAUAGAUGAUAUUAUUAUAAUUAUACAAAAAUAUACAUAA